UGUGUUGCGUUUUAUACGUGCAUGGCUUUACGUGGUUGAUCAUCCAUCCAUCCACACUACCCUUUUCUCUCUUCAAAUUUUUUACCUUUCACUUCCAUCUCCCGUCUCAAUCCCGUUCUCGUUGCCCAACUUUCUAAAAUCCGCAAUGGGGAAGGGGAAAGAAACACUGCACAAGAGGAAGAAGCGAGGGAGAGAGGAAUCAUCAUGGUGCAAAGAGACCACCGCCUACGGAAACUCACAGGCCAAAGCUUUCAAAUCUUGCUCAUCCUCCACCAAUAAAGCUAACAAGGCAUGCUUCAAAUCAUCAUCGUCCACCGAGAAAGGUAACAAGCCAAGCCAUUAUCAUCGUCAUCAUUAUCAUCGCAGCGACGAUGACGUCAUGAGAUGCACCCGCAAUGAUGACGAAAAGACAGAUGGAUGUGGAUCGUCGAUUGCAUCGGAGGAGAACUACAUGGGGGGAUUAGGGGUGUUUGAGUUCCCCUGGCUGAAGGAAGGUGUCAGCGGCUUAGUGUGCAAGACGGAGGAGGAAGAUGAGCGAUGGUGGGGCUUGGACGGUUCCUUCUCCGCUUGCCUCAACGAAAUAAUGUAUAACGCAUCGACUGGUGGUGGUGGAGGUGAAACCGGAUGGUGGCCUGACAUAGCAGCGGCAGGAGGAGGGGGCUAUGCCUUUACCGCAACGUCGAUGGACAAGUUUGAGGAGACAGCAUCCGCUUGGUCAUCCAUCCUCGAAAUGGAGGCGGCAUCAACGACUUCCAAUGGGAAUCAUCAUGUGGAUUUGCAGCAGCAACCUGCAGCAUGAAUCAAUCUCAACCUAGGUUCCAGUAAAACCAUGGAUAUCUUCCAUCAAGCCUGCAUCAUCAAUCAAUCAUAUUCUAGUCUUUGGUCGUUAAUGUAGUAGUAGAUGUAAUUAACUUUGGCGCUUAGA